AUGGAUUUUGAGAGAUUUUUAUUGUUCGGUGAUUCCAUUACUGAAAUGGCUUUUAAAUCCAAAAUAGCCGGUGAAGACCACCCAGAUGAGUUCACGGUUGGAGCUGGUCUGACUGAUGUAUAUGCACGUAAAAUGGAUAUUGUUUUGCGCGGUUUCAGCGGCUAUAAUUCCCGUUGGGCAUUGAAGUUGUUACCUAGGAUCCUAAGAUCAGAAAGGAAGAUUGCAAUUGCUUAUGUUUUCUUCGGUACUAACGAUGCAGCUAUCGGUGGAACUCAAUCAGUUCCAUUGGAUGAAUAUAAGCAUAAUAUGAGCAAGUUAGUUGAGAUGCUUCAAGAAGUUGAUGUCAAGGUUAUACUAGUGUCACCAGCUUUACAUGAUGCCGAGAACCCUGAGAUGCUCGCUGAAGAAGACAGUAGAAGCAAUGAAAAUAACAAACUUUACAGGGAUGCCUUGCAUGAAGUUGGCGACAAGUACGAUACAGGAUUUGUUGAUUUGUAUUCUGCGUUCCAAAGAGUUGGCUGUACAAAAUGGCAAGAACUAUUAAGUGACGGUAUACACUUCACAGGAAAGGGUUAUAAGGUGUUCUUCGAUGAAUUACUCUCUGUAAUUGCUGACAAAUAUCCGGAAUAUCACCCAGAUAACAUGCCACGGAUAUGUCCAGACUGGACCGAGGUCUUAGCAGAUGGUUCUAAUUUAUGA